AUGUUUCGAAGGCACAAGCCUAGUGAAAUUAGUACAGUUAAGUCUAAAAAGAAGUUUUUAAGUGAUAAAGAAAGUACUCAUAAAAUAAAGCAUUUGAAAAUCCUCAUCGAUAAUCUACCUAACGAUGAAUUACAAGCUUUUUUCAUAGAGAAUUCAUCCCUAAUAUUUCAGGUGUUUAGUGACUGCUUCUUUGGUCUUGAAUGGGAUGUCAGACUAAAAGGUAUGCACCCACUUACUAAUAGUUCCAAAUUUCCAGGUAGUGGGAAUUAUGUUAAGGAUCUGGAAUUAGUGCUAACGAAAAUAUUGUUGUUAUUGCCGGAAAAUAUUCACAAAAGAUGGCAAUAUAACUGUAUAAUUGAUGUAAUCGAAGAUCUCCUAUACGAAAAAAAUACACUGAAACUUCGUAAAAGAGGAAUCAGGUUGUUUCUAAUAUGGUAUCAAAUCCUUGGAUUAAAUGCAACACAUGUCUGCCAUAAAAUCUUCAAUAACCUUAUCCCGGAAUUUGGCUCACUUGUCACUGAAUACCAGAAACGUGAGAAAAACAGCGAACAACAUAAACAAAACCAUACCCAGAGCAAAAGGCCUUCCAAAGAUAUACGAGGACAAAUAUCACAAGAGUCAAGGAUUUCACAUGUUGUUGCCCCACGAGAACGUGUUGCACUCUUGACGUCAGCUGUCGUAGGAGAAGAUGAAUCAGUGGACGAUGAGUCCAUGGUCCUUCUCCAGGUUUUGCUACGAUAUUUGGUUACAGAGUCAAUUAAAGUUGAGUGGUUGCAGCUUCGAUAUGAGCAACACUUAAUGCAGUCAUGGUUUUUGUUUGAGAAGUUGAAACAUUCAUAUCUCCCUGUGAUCUUCCCUUGUUUAUCUCCGUCAUAUUCAGUAUACUCACCUACAACUUCAUCUGUAACAAACAGCACAGUUCCAUUAACUUCUAAUAUCUUACAAGAUUAUCCAAUCCACCCGUCACGUCUUUCAUAUUAUCAAUUAGAGUUCACUUGCUGGUUGGCAGCCUUUGUAUAUACUGGUCCACGCACAUCGAACCACCCAGCUUCAUCAGAUGGAGGUUUCACUUCAACAUUCGUCACUCAUGGAGCUGCAGUCGGUGGUGGUGGUGGUGGUGCUGGGACGUCUUUUCAUUUAGGUGGUUUCCCGUGGGACACACAUGGUGAUCCAAAUGAAUUCCAACUGUCUCGACAGUUUCGUUCGCUGUUAGGUGGGUCAGCACAUGGUGAAGCAGAAACUGCAUCACACUCGAAAGUGAAUGGCAUAUCGAGACUUUCAAAUUCUCCACCUAUGCCGGCACCAUCAAUCAACCAAAGAGAUGCUGAUGAUAGUGUUAUCUCCACGUCUUUCCAAGAUUCACUUAGUCAAACAGCACCAGUUACAGUUUCAAAACCAAACACUUAUCAUUUAGGCAAAGAAGCUCCUGUACCUCCUUCCAUUUUACAAGCAUCUUCAGCGCCACAGAAAUUUGUUUUCAAUGAACCAGUCUUUAACUAUAGUGACAAGGUGGUUUCUAUGGUGCAUCAAGUUCUAUAUGGAUGUCGACAGAAUAUUAAUUUAAUACAAGAUAUAUUACAUCAAGCUCUUCUGCUUCCUCUAGAGUGUCAUAAAGCUCUUUACUAUGUAACUACAGUUUAUGGUUCUUGGUUAGAGACUUCAUCAGAAGGCGCAAAUAGUUUUUCAUUGGUGAAUUCAUCAUCAUCUCGUCAACCGAUAGUUAUGGGUUGGCCGUGUACACUACGUGCUUCUCCUGAGUUGGAAGAAUUACUAAUGGUUGGAAAAGAUACAUUAACUUCAUCGUAUUUUACAAAAUCAGAGUUGGAAAGACAUUCAUCAUGGCUUAAACGUGUCACCAUGUUAUCAGAAAAAUCAACAAAUUUAUCUAGCACCCACCCACAAUCAUGUGCAGGUUUCGGAGGUCCACCAUGUGCAGCAAUCAUUGUCAAUCCAGAAACCAAUGUGGCUUUAGCUGAAUCCACUACAUCUACAGCAACAGUUGACAGUUCAUGUUUAGAUCAUGCUGUAUUACUUGUUGUAUCAGCUGUUGCUAAUUUGAAGAAAAAACCAGAGAAAGAAUAUUCUGAAAUCUAUUUGUGUACAGGUUUAGAUGCCUAUGUAUCACUUGAACCUUGUUUAAUGUGUGGUAUGGCAUUGCUGCACAAUCGUAUCCGACGUGUUUUUUGUUGUCAACGGCUUAAAGAAAGAGGUGCAUUCACAAAUGCAAGUCGUCUUCAUGUCCAGGAACAAUUGAAUCAUCGAUUUCGAGUAUUUGCUCCACCAUCAUAGACAUCUACGGGAUUUGCCUAUAUGUACAUAACAAUAUUACAUACGAC